AACCUCAAUUUUUUUUCUUAAGGUGUUUGGUGGGUUUGUUUACAAAUUAAAUUUUAUCAAAAUAGAAAUGUAUCAGAUUUACUGAAAAGGAUAUUGAAAUGAUUUUUAAAUUGUCUCGACAUUUGUCUACAUUUCACCGCAAACGAUUAAGUGUGUUAUUCUUCGGGAACGAUAAAUUUUCCUUGGCAAGUUUGGAAUUGCUCAAUAAAAAUUUCAAGCAGGAGUCUUUUGUGGAGAAACUCUGUGUGGUGACACAUACCAAAGUUCAGGCAAAUCCCGUGAAGAAGUACGCAGAAAGGGAGAAUCUGAAAGUAUUCUCAUGGCCAGUGAAUGAGAAUGACAUUAGAGGGCAGUUUAACGUUGGAAUUGUGGUGUCUUUUGGACAUCUCUUGAGUUCAUCCCUCAUCGAGAACUUCCCACUCGGAAUGAUCAAUGUUCAUGGAAGUUUGUUGCCUCGCUACCGAGGAGCUGCUCCCAUAAUCCAUGCCAUCAUGAAGGGUGAUACCGAGACUGGAGUGAGUAUCAUGAGAAUCAAGCCCAAACACUUCGAUAUCGGCGAGAUUUUAGCCCAAAGAAGGAUCCCUAUAGAACCAGAUUCUUUGAUGCCUCAGAUUCAUGAUGAUUUGGCUCAAAUUGGAGGAUCACUUCUGCUUGAAUGCUUAGAGAAUCUCGAGGAUUCCUUAGCUAAUGCCAAACCCCAAUCCUCUGAAGGAGUUUUAUAUGCACCAAAAGUGAACAAAAAGCCAGAAGCUGUGAGAUGGGAACAUUGUAAAGCCAAUGAGAUCUUCAAUAUCUACCGAGCUUACUAUUCCUUCAAGCAUCUCGUGACGACUUGGCAAGAAUUCUCUCUCAAAUUACUAGCCAUCUCUGUCCGGGAACUGAGUUCAAGUAGUCAGUUAACCGCCCUGAGAGAAAAACCUCCCGGAUCUUUUAUUUUUCACAAACUCGAAAGGUGCUUAAUUGUAAAAUGUUCACAGGACACCUAUAUGAACAUCCUUUCCGUGGGAAUUGAGGGGAAACGGGCAAUGUCUGCACUAGAUUUCUACAAUGGUUUCAUUCGGAAGCGUCCAAAAGAGACUUAUAAUUUCAAAUAAAAAAAAAUGUUACCUCCA